AAAAAUGUAGCGACCCCACAUGAUCCAAACUCCAGAUUCUACUGUGAAUUGUGAUGGUUGAUCUCUGAGAUAGAGAAAGAACUCACCAAACAAUGUCAUCCGCAACUUCUCUUCGUUCUCCCUUCCUCUAUCCGCCAUUGAAGCUUUCUUCAUCUUCAUCUUCAUCUUCUCAACUUCACUCGCUUUCCUUCCGAAAUCAACGGUUUUCUCACCGCAUUAAAGCUGAGCUCGAUCAGAACACGGUGGUGGCUGUUGCGGUUGGAGUGGUGAGUGUUGCGGUUGGACUCGGCAUUCCCAUUUUCUACGAAACACAGAUUGAUAGUGCUGCAAAACGAGAGAACACACAGCCAUGCUUCCCCUGCAACGGAACCGGGGCACAAUCAUGUAGAUUUUGCACAGGAAGUGGUGAUGUAACAGUUGAGCUUGGAGGUGGAGAGAAAGAAGUUUCUAGAUGCAUAAAUUGUGAUGGUGCUGGUGCUUUGACUUGCACUACAUGUCAAGGCAGUGGUAUCCAACCUCGGUACCUUGACCGCAGAGAAUUCAAGGAUGAUGAUUAGAUGAAAUGUUUUUGGGGCAGCAUCUGGAUCAUAAUCAGAGGGUAAUUAACCUUAUUUACUGUAAAGAUGAAUGAACAUCUUUGUCUCUUCAUUUUCUCAUAAAGAAAUAACAAUAUAUUUCCCUUCCUUAUAAGCCGCGUUAUUGUAUUUUUUUAUAGUAUCCUUUUCUUUUUAUAUUUAUUUUUAUGUAAAUUUUCUGAACCUCGACCAUUCUUGUUGAGUUAAUAACCACUGUUCGUUCUCUAUA